ACUGGCUCUAGCCAUCCUGAAGGUAGCAUCAUGCAGUCACUCCUUGUCCAAGCUCUACUGAUCGUUCUCUGCGUUAUCCAUGCAGAGUGCGGAGGAAGCAGAACCCCAUGUGCAUUAAUGUCGCGGUCAUCAAAGAGCAAGAGACACACGGAGCCUGUCAACAGAAAAAGGCAAGCGACCUGCAGUUCAAGUGACACCUAUAGGACAACUGAUGGCACGUGUAAUAACGUGGAGAAUUCGGGCUGGGGAGCUGCAGGUGCUCAAUUUGCAAGGUGGCUGGAACCUGAGUACGCCAGCGGAACUGGUGGAAACCCCAGAGCUCUGGGCUCUGAUGGCUCAGUCCUGCCUAACCCAAGAAGUAUCAGCAACCAUGUUCACUUUGAGCUGAGUUUCCUCUCCAUCAAACACUCCGUCAUGUUGAUGCAAUGGGGUCAGUUUAUUGACCAUGAUAUUACCGGAACUCCGGUGUUGACAGAUAACGGAUCUGAUAUUGACUGUUGUGACAGAACUGACUCUGUUCCCACCGACCCUGAUUCUCCCUGUUUCCCAAUCAACCUUCCUGAUGGUGAUUUCUACUUUGGCGAUGGUAAAUGUAUGAAUCUGGUGAGAUCGGAGGCUGUUUCCGGAACAGGCACAGAUUCCUCAAAUGCUCGCCAACAGUACAAUGAAUUAUCAGCCUUCAUUGAUGGAUCCCACAUCUACGGCAUUUCGGACGCCGAAAUGAACGAGCUCAGAGACAUUGAUUCUGGAUCUGGGUUGCUGAAAGUGGGAACAAACAAUCUCCUGCCACAAGGAGAUUCCGAUGAUUGCUUUCUUGAUGCGUCAGAUUCAAGCAACUACUGUUUCAAAGCAGGUGACUCGAGAGUGAAUGUCUUCCCUGGACUUAGCGCUCUGCACACACUGUUCAUGAGAGAACACAACCGUGUUGCAACAGCUCUCAAAGGAUUCAACAGUGGCUGGGAUGACGAGAAGCUCUUCCAAGAAGCACGACGAAUAGUCAUUGCUGAACUACAGGUGAUAACUUACAAAGAGUGGCUGCCUGAAAUUCUUGGUACCAACGGGGUCGCAGCAUACGACCUGGGAUUCGACAACUACAACUACAAUUCUACCCUUGACCCAUCUCUAAGUAACGUCUUCUCGACGGCAGCUUUUCGAUUUGGUCAUUCCAUGGUGCCAGAAAACCUGACGAUAGGAGGUGAUGUCGUGGACACUGGUGACCUGUUCAAGAGGACCAAAUAUGUCAUCAACAGCCUGGAUGACGUUAUCAGUAGUUUACUGGACGCUCCUGGUGAACGAGCUGAUGCGUGGUAUGUCGAUGGCAUGAGGCAGAGAAUGUUUGAGGAAGAUUCAGCCACAAAGGACGGAUUUGACAUCGUGGCUCUGAACAUUCAGCGUGGAAGGGAACAUGGUCUUCCUCCCUACAACGACUGGAGAGACUACUGUGGUCUCGGCAGAAUCACUGACUUCGUGACUGGUACUGACUUUGGGCGUAUUCAAGCUCGCGAUCUUCGAGACAUGUACGCUAGCGUCGAUGACAUUGACCUGUACAGUGGAGGUAUUGCUGAAGCUCCUGUUGCGGGAGCAGCAGUAGGAAAUACUUACAUCUGUCUGAUCGGAGAACAGUUCAAGAAACUGAGAGAUGGGGACAGGUUCUGGUUUGAAUCUACAGACUCCGACACUGGCUUCACAUCCGAACAAAUAGCGCAGCUGAAAAAGGCGUCUUUAGCUCGCAUCAUCUGUGACAAUGCCGACAAUAUCAGCACUAUCCAGCGCCAGGCCUUCAUCAACGCUAACGAUGGAACUAAUAACCAGGUGGGCAACUGCUCUGAGCUGAAUGAAGUGCGACUUCGGAGAUGGAGAGAAUAAUGAACUGAGCAUUCCUAUGACCUUACCGCAUUGUGUCAGCUCUGUCAAUAAAAUAUCAACUUGA